GAACUUGAGGUACCAAACUAUGAACAACCUCAAACUUGAAGGGAAAGUCAGAAAUAUUUCUUUCUUCACAGAUCUUUGAAAAACAAGACCCUUUUUUUCCCUCUGAGAAUCCUAUGCAGGUGUUUGUUGCCCAAGGGCCAAGAUUCCGAAGCAUAAUCACCAAAAAAUGGAGCCCUUGAUUUUAUCUUCGGCUUCUUUGCUAUUAUCUCCUUGUUGCAUAGAGGGUGUCACUUAUUCCUGCCGUACUUCCUACCUAUAUAUAUCGCAUAUCCUCCAAAUCUUCUCCUCCCCUUUCCCUCUCUCACACGCACAAUUUAACAAAAACACGGAUAGAGGAAGACGGAGAAAAGUUUCCAAUUUACAGCAAUUUCAGGGACUUGGAUUUUUCUGAUUUUUACAUCGUCAUUCAUGGAGAAAAGUGAGAAUGACAGGGAUAAUCUUAACACGCCAGGGUGCAUCGUGUUCGCAUGUGAUGCGACAAAAGAUCGCAAUAAGCAGGAGUUCAAGAACACGAUUAGUAAUAUUCGGAUGCUAGGUGGGAUAACUCAAGUAGGGGAUAAAAUUACGGUUCUUGGGGUAGUACACAAAAUCCUUCACCCCAUGGGUUACGAAAUGAAAAUAGGUCACGGCCCUUUCUUUGGAACACAUGUCCGUGCAAUGGAAGAAGAAUUCUCGAGAAAGAUUGAUUCUUAUGUGAGCAUGCUCCAUCAUAGUGCUGCAGAAUGUGAAGCUGAUGAGGUUGAAAUUGAAGCAAAGAUUACUGUUGGAGGUCCAAUGAAGAAGGUCGUCGCAAAAGAAGUUAAAACUUCCAAUGCAACCUGGAUUGUACUUGAUAGGCACCUAAGAAAGGAAUUGAAAUAUUACCUUAAAAACACACCUUGCAAGGUGGCACUGGUCCUUGAUGACUUAUCAUUGGAGGUUUUGAGGCCAUAUUCUUCUAAUAAGGAUGUUGGAGAUAUUGAAUACACGCUGUUUUACUCACUAUCCAAGCCUGUCAAGCCACUAUCUGAUCAAGAUAACGAGACAAUUGACAAUUCUAUCAUUUCUGUCAAUUCUUACUUAUCUAUGAGUACCUUGGACGGCUCUAAUAUGACCAAGAACAGCUCAAUAUCAUUAACACCCAAUUCUAAUGAUCACAGCUUUUCCUCACAAGAUGAAUCAAGCCGAAAUAGUACGCCGGGAAAAUCAGGUAACAAUGCUGAAGGGAAAAAUAAAUAUGCUGUCUCUCCCCCAAUGAUGAUCAAAGAAAGUUCUCAGAGAUCCUUUGUUGUGCCUGUUCUUUCGACUGUUAAUGGGAUGAAUAAUGGGCUAAAUUCAAUUGGAUUUAGUUAUUCCAAAAUCAAGAUUGCAACAGAUAAUUUUUCAUCUAAUAAUUUACUCGGAGAAGGUGGAUAUGGUGUUGCCUAUAAAGGUCAGCUUAAGGAUGGGCAGCUUAUUACAGCAAAGGUGCUAAAAGAAGCAAGUAUACAAGGGUCUGCAGAAUUUCAUUCUGAAGUAAAUGCACUGAGCUUUGUGCGUCAUAGGAACAUCGUCACGCUUCUUGGUUAUUGUUGCAAGGAAAGCACUAACAUAUUGGUCUACGAAUAUAUCUGGAAUAAGUCUCUCGAGUGGCAUUUAUUUGAUAAUGUGGAUCGUGUUCUUGAGUGGCGCCGGAGACAUGCUAUUGCCAUUGAGAUUGCACAAGGUUUGUGUUAUCUACACGAAGAGUGUCGGGGAUUUCCUAUCAUUCAUCUGGACGUGAGGCCUAGCCAGAUAUUGCUCACACAUGACUUUGUUCCCAUGCUGCAAGAUUGUGGACUUGCAAAAUGGAAGACAGAUGAGGUUGAUAUGCAAACCCGAAUUCUUGGCACUCCAGGAUAUAUUGCUCCGGAUUACACAAAGAAUGGCAUUGUUUCUGUACAAACAGAUAUUUACGCAUUUGGGAUUGUCCUGAUACAAUUGAUGUCAGGACGCCGAAUAGUGGAUUCGCCAAGAGACGACCACCAACAAUCCAUUAUACAGUGGGUAUGUUGUCUGGCAUUACCACUGAUUCAGCCGCUUGCAUUAGACAAACUUAUCGAUCCUCGUCUUGGGGACUCAUAUAGGAUGUAUGAAGCGUAUCACAUGGCUAGAACAGCAUCCUUGUGUGUCCAUACAGACCCUAUGAUGCGUCCAUCAAUGGGAGAGGUGUUGCACCUUCUUGAUGGGAAACACGAUCAUUUCCUCCAAUCAAAAGAGAAAUGUAUUCCUCAUUAUAGAACGUAAACAAAUGAACAAUUUAUACAGAGGGACUUGGUUGAGGUGAUACCAGAUAUUUCUUCAUAUUGAUCUUCUACUAAAUGUGCAAAAAGACAUUAGCAAAAUCACAACUCUUUCCCUUGUCGUUGAUGUUAUUCAUACUUCCCUCAUUGAGUAGGACACGUUUGACAUAAAACCGAAGACUGAACAGCUUGAAACCAUUGGCGGCUAGAUUUAGAAAAUGAGUUCAUAGAAAAGAUUGGAGGUCUAAUGAGUUCAAAUUUGGGGAUGAUACUCUUUUUUCUAUUCUUCAUUUUCUGUAAUUAAACUAUCACACUCUUGUGGAUUGAAUUUAUAAAUCACUGUUCUUUUUU